AUGAAGAAUGUUAGUUAUGGUGGUAGAUGGGAGAACCUGGGGCUGCUCUCUUUCCAGGAGGGAAAGCCGAGUACAGUCAUCCAGUUCGGAUUUGUGACCCUCUUUGUGGCCUCCUUCCCACUCGCUCCACUGUUUGCACUACUCAACAACGUCAUUGAAAUCCGCCUGGAUGCUAAAAAGUUCACCACUGAGCUCCGAAGACCCGAUGCAACAAAAGCAAAGGAUAUUGGUAUCUGGUACAACAUCCUGAGAGGAAUUGGCAAGUUGGCUGUUAUCAUAAAUGCAUUUGUGAUCUCGUUCACCUCUGGCUUCAUCCCACGCCUUGUCUUCAUGUACUUGUACAGCCCAGACGGCACGCUGCAUGGAUUCACCAAUAACACAUUGUCCUAUUUCAAUGUCAGCCACUUCGAGCCAGGAUCAGAGCCUCCUGAUCCAAUGGCAAUGGGAUACAAGGUUGAGAUCUGCAGGUAUAAAGAUUACAGAGAGCCUCCAUGGUCUUCUCAACCAUAUGAUCUGUCAAAAGAGUUCUGGUCUGUGCUAGCAGCCAGACUGGCUUUUGUCAUCAUUUUUCAGAACCUAGUUAUGUUUAUGAGUGACUUUGUGGACUGGAUGAUCCCAGACAUUCCAAAGGAAAUCAGUGACCGCAUGUCUAAAGAGAAGUCUUUAUUGGUGGAUCUCUUCCUGAAAGAAGAGCAGACCAAACUGCACAUAGUGGAAGUCCUCUCUUCCCAAGAGAAGGAGAGGAAAGAGGAAGACAUUGAUGAAAUCCCCAAGGAAAAUGAUGCCGAGCCAGUUGAAAACUGCACAAGAGACACAGAUGCUUCCCAAUCCAAGCUCAAUAAUGCAGGACCAGAAGUUAUAUAGAAAUUGCUUUAAAGUAAACCUAUGUUUCUUUAGCUGGGGCAUUCCAUGAUAUGGCAAGGUGUCAUUCAAUAAGGAGCAGCAUAUCCCUGAUCUGUAUAACAGCUCCCAAGGCGAACGGUUCUGUUUUGCUGCUCAUGUCGCCAUUUUGAAAAUGUUGAUGCAGGAACUACUUCUUUUCACAGACGUGGUGGACCAUGAUUUGAUUAUUUAAAAAUAGCUUUAUUUUUACAUUGUGCAAGGCAGGGAUUGUCAUUAAUUUGUAUUCCACAGAAAUGCUUUUCCAGAUAUUUUCCAUCUCCUAAGAGGUCAAGCAAGCCCAGUCAUUAACUAAAAAAUGAUUCACAGCAAUGUUAACAAGCUUCCUUUUAGAGAUUUUUUUUUGUUUUUUUUUGUUUUGCCACAACUAAAAUAUACUACCUUUUUAUGGGAGGUAUUUAUGGUUUAAUUGGGAAUUAAGUCUCCAUUUUUGUUUCCUUAACUGUUUGGGUAAAGGCAGAUUUCACCCUACUGCCCAAAGUUUAAAAUGAUUUAUUGAAAAUUUGAACAUGCAACAUGGCAUUUUCAUUUCACACUGAAGUUGCUGUCUAUUCUGCACACAUCACUUGUAUUUUGAAAGGGGUAUCUAUUUUGGUGUUCAGGGAAGGAAAUAUAAUAGUUAAUCAGGAAUUUGUAAAUGAUUGCUGUGAUAGUGAGUUGUGCUAAUCCAAAAGCAGCAUAGGACUUGCAAAUCUAUACACCUUACCCUCUUGGUAGUUGAUCAUUUGUGUAAUCAGUGGAAAAUCCUGGAAUAGCUUCCAUAGCAAAACUGCUAUUGGUUCUAUCCAUAUGAGCACCUUAGGAGCAUUUAGAAGCAGCUCACACUGGCUGGUGUUGCAAAGGAGCUAGCUAGCUUAAUGGCAGCACCACCAAUCUUAGAUGUUUUACAAACAUCAUUUCCUUGCUGUGGUAGUGAAACCCAAACCUGCUGUCUGAUUUGUUUUCACAACGGGGCCUUAGUGGGAGAGAUAAUAAUGUAGUUAUCUUCAAAUCAUGCACCUUAACUUUUAACAAAGACUGCAGGACCCUGAAUGACACAAACCAUUUACUAGCUUCUGAGAAGAUAGGUUAUUAACAUUCAAUAAUAUGGUUGGCUGAAUAAAGGGGAUUAAUUCCUGGUGGAGUCCCAAAUUCUAAGAAUUUUUUUCUGAAACUAAUAGUGGGGACACGUUUUAGGAUCCCAUUUCAAAUUGAGAAAUAAUUGCAUUCAGUAAACUUCCUGGAUGUUGAUAUUUUGAUACAGGAAACUAAAUUGUUUAGAGGAAAAGACUAUCCUUCUAUCCUUUUAUCCUUUUGUCUCUCUCGCGCUCUCUCUCUCCACCCCCCUUCUGCCUUUUCUCCCUCCCUUUCCUUUCUCUCACUGCGCCCACCCCGACUCUGUCCUUUCUUGACCACCCGACCCCCAACCCCACCAAUACAACUGACUAUAGUUACAAUUACUUUCUUACACAAUUAUCAUUAGAUCCAUUUUGAGAUGAUGCCACUGACGGUGCUGUUACCUUCCUGCCACCACAGCUCCCACAACUGGAAGGUAAAGCUGUAGGCUCCAAGUUGGUUUAGUAUAAUUUUGGAGUUCAUCAAAGCUAUUUUAUUAUCAUUAUUUGAAAUUAACACUCAUUUCAUGUUUUGAUUUUUGAAAUUUAGCAACUUUUUAAAGAAUAUGCACUUUAGUGUUUUAACUUUUCUCAUAGGAUUAUAACUAAAAUUAUCAAUUAAAAUGUUCUGCUUUGAAAAGGGUGAUUUUUCACUGUAGAGGAUGAACCUAUAAUACUGUACCUCAGCUGUAUAGAACAUCCUUUACUGAAUGAUUGAGUAAUCUCUAACAACAGUGUCAUGCGUAUAGAUUGUAGAUUUUACUGUUCCAUAACUUUAUGCAUUUCAAAGCGCACUUACCUUUUUGUAUUUUUACAGCUUGUGAAGAAGUUUGUUAAUUUAUGUGUUCCAACUCUCGUAAUUUCUAAUUGCUCCUUUUAAAACAAGCAAUGUUUAGAUUUUCCCAGUUUAUGUUCUGGUGAUGCAGCCACAGUUCCCUACAUGCCAGCCACUACUGAAAUAAAAUAAAUAGCUAGUAACAUUUAAUACAUACAUUUCCAGCCAGAUAAACAAUGUCUUCAAAUUAAUAAAUCUUAGUUUAAUUGAAUGUUCAGUUUAGGCUUCUCCUAAUAUCUAUCUUAUGUUCACAAUGCACUAAGACACAGUCCAUAAUGAACUGUAAUUGCUUGCACACCAAGUACAUUAGACUAGUACAAACCUAGAAAACAUGGUAAAUAAUUCACAGAAAUGUUUUCUUCCUCUGAUCUGAGUGUACAAAUCUUGCACCUUUAAACCAAAGUCACAAAUUAAGAUAGCAUCACCCAGCCCAAACUUAAACGCAUGCCCUGUGUCAUUGUAAGACUCAGCAUUCAAAAUAUAGCAAACAGCAGAAUCUAUUUUAGAAAAGAUAAGUCAUUCACUUUAAAUUUAAUCUUGAUUUUUAUUGUUUAAAGUUGAAAUUCUUAGAAAGUAGUCUGCCAAUAAGGCAAGUGAACUGGACUGAUAGCAGUAUGGUCUACAUGAGACUGCAUUGAGUAGGGAAUGUUACCACAUUACUCUCUGACAUAAUUUGUGAACAGUUUUGAAGGACUGUUUACAAAUGAAGUUUAAAAUUUGUGGUUUUAUAGAGAUUCAAGUUCUCCUUUUGUAAGUGAGAUUCUGAAACUUAUUAUUUUAAAAAGUGGGGAUUCUGCUGAGUACUGUAGAAGGGGAGGAUUAGUGUACUAUAGUUACCUUGGGAUGCUGAUUUGCUGCUCUGAUGUAGGCUAUAGAUUCGGAUUUCUAUUCUACGGGAGUAUAUUUCUUUGCAAACUGUUUUAUAAUUGAUAAAAUAAAAAAACUGAGACCAGAGAUCCCUCCUUUUAUUAGUUCUGAAAUUGACACUGCUGCCAUUAUAUUUUGUUUUAACAUGUUUCUGUUCAUUACACAUACACUGGGCCAUGGUACAUUUGAAAUGUAUGCUUUCCAUGUUUUACUUAAACAAGCUUCACGUUUUACAGGCAAAUUUAUUUAGGUCAUUCCUCACUGUCUGCACUAGAUUUUCAAGAAGAAAAUGUCUUGCCAUUCUUAUUUUGUUUUCUUUUUCAGAAAAAUUUGUGUACAGAAAUUUUGUUUGCUGUUCACCCAGUGCAUUGACUGUCAGUUAUAUAAAAGCACAUUGAAAAUUGUGGAAAUGGAGGGAACCAGAUAGCAGCUUAGAAUUCAGAAAACUCUUUCUUACGUCUCACCCUGUUUAAAUAUUUUUGUGUAAAACUAUUCAUUAUCCUGAAAAGUUUACUGAAGUACUCAUUUGCAGCUUGACUGUGAUAGCACAUUUGAAAAUAUGUUGAAAUACUAUCCUGUUAAUGAAGCACAAAUGUACAUCCAUUAACUCCAUCUAAAUGGGUCCUUGGCAAUAUUUUGCCAUUCAACUUGUCACCACGUCCCCAGUUCUCUCCUUAAAUAAUCAGUGUAUUAAUAAUGUAACCUAUUCUAUUGUAAGGAAGUUUGCAUAUGAGCAACUGUUUUUCUUAUCCUGGUCUAUACUGUUUGACAGGAUUCCAAUGUAGUGGUACUUUAAUUAUUUUGACGUAUUUUAUCUUUAUACAACUAUGCAAAAUAAUAUGAAUAAUGAAAAUAUGCUGAAACAAAUAAAGUUCAGUUUUAGGAUUUUUA